CUGGUUGCAGUGGUGGCUCCUCACUGGUUUCUCUGCUUGCCUUUGAGUGAGGAGGCAGCAGCUCAUCUUCCUCACCAUGAUUAUCCUCCUGCAGCAUCUCUUCUUGAGGGCCACAGACUUACUGCUCGCGACGACCCUUUCCUGCCUCUUCUAUGGCUUCGUAUGCAUUUCUAUCGCAUCUUUGGCCUGCUUCAUUAUCCUCUUCUCCUUUGGCGUUGUGGAGAGGAAUACUGAUGUGAAAGGGAGAGCAAUUGUCAUUCUCGUGUCCAACAGCUCCAUUGGGAGGAUGUUUGCAAGGAACCUGAAUAAAGCAGGUUUCAGGGUGUCUGCUGCACACUGGCCUCCUCGAGAGAAGGGUACAGCUACAGAAGAAGAGUGCUCCUCAAGCAUUGAGGUAGCCCAGCUCCACAUGACUGAAGAUGAGUAUCAGAAGACAAUGAAAACCUUCAUAGAAAGCCACUUAUCCCUGAAAGGCAUGUACGGGCUGAUGAAGAAGCCGUCCAUCCUGAUAUGGGAAGAAAUGGAACCAGACACACACAGCUUACCUGAGAGAAAAACCUCCUCUAAAUGGAAGAAGGUUUUCAAGGCUCCAGCCAAGAAGGAAACCCAUGGAGCGCUACACGGUAAUCCUGUCAUGCCACAAUGAAGAAAUGCUAUGGGAAGGAGCAUAGCUGGGAUCAGAAGUGACAAACUCCAGGCAGGGGAGGAUUACAGGUGGUGACUUCAAUUGCAAGACAAGAAACUGGAUGAAGACAAGAAGCACCUCCUGAACCAUGAGACAGGUCUCCGAUUCCUUUGCGAGUCUAAUAUAUGAGAAAAGAACACUGAGACUGAAAUACUGGUAUAUACACAGAAAAAACCCAAACAUCUGAGGUGAAAGGAAACAGAGGAAGAACUCUGCUGGGGAGAAAUAUGCAAGGUCUUGGUUUUCAUUAUCUAAAGGCACAACUCAGAACUGCCUGACUGAUGAUAAGAGAUGUCACCCAUCCAGGGAGACGGAUCUAGAGAGGAAAAGGAAAGCUUUCAAAACAGCUUCUGUAAGAUAUUAAACCAGCUUAAUAUCAAGCCAGAGUGAAAACCAAACAUUUUAAUUCCAGCAUAUCAAAGCACUGGCAGAGAACAUGCUAAAGCAGAAACUUCCCAAAUGAAAAGCUUGCAGUUUUAGUCUUUACAUAUUUGGCAAAUAACCUGUUCUGUGAAGGAAGCCAAACCCAUAUGUUCUGCAGAAUGUCCUAGAAAAGGUUUCCUUUAGCCAGAACCCCAUUCUGAGUCAGUCAUCAACUCCCUCCAUGCAUAAUCCCAUUCUGUGCACAUAACCUUCUGUAGUUUGAGUUGAUAACCAUUAUUUUCUCCUCCAGACCAUUGCAGGGGAUGCGUGUGGGCUGCUACAUGACUACUACUAUUCCCCCAAAGUCACUUUCACUCAAAGGAGAACAUCUGCUUGUAUACACAGCAGUGUUCAUGGCAUGAAGCUAGACACAUUAUGUGAGCAAAGCUCCUGGAGACUUCCGUGGAAGUUUUGCUUGCCCGAGGACUUGAGAAUGGCCUACAUUUGUUUAUAAAGCUUUCCUGUCCUUUGGGAUACAGAGAACUACUGCAUAGAAGCAAAAAAUUAUGACUGUGAGGCAAUACUACCACGAGAUAAAUGAUAAUAAAACUGCACUUGAAAGUGUGUUUAAUACAUAUUAGCUGUUGCAAGCUAACACUGAAGUUCUAGGCUGCUGAAGCUGAGUAAGGGACCUGAAUGCCCCCUUGCUUUUAAUUUGACUGGGAAUGAGGGAUUUGAAUUCCUGAAGUAGUCUUGAACAUUUUAUUAUUGAUGCAUAACAAAAAGAAUUGAAGUAACUUGCUCUUAAAUGCUACAAACCUGGCUAAAAGGUUUCGUCAACAUCUGUUGGGACACAUCCCCCUCAACCAUACUGCAUUAAAAUUAGAGAUUUUCAGAAAUCCCUGAAAACAUUCCAAGUUUUGAUGAACUUUUAAAAAAAAAAAACGAUCCAAACAAAUGCUUUUCAAUAGAUCACUUUGAUCCAUUUAACAUAAGUCUAUAAGUCUAUUUAAAGAAAACAAACUUUACCACCAAACCCUCUAUCCUACAACUCAGAGCAGAAAUAACUGAUCACCCAAGUCCUGUUCUUUCUCCCCAUUCCCAACUGUAAUACUUCCAUCUCUUUACUCUUUUUAAGCAAGCACAGACUUGGAUUUCAAAUACAACAGUUUUGCCUGGCAAUAGAGAAGCAGAGGGAAGCUGGUUACAUGAACGCAUCCUUUCAUCAUUUGAAAACAUGUUAGUAACUGAUCUAGGAGCCAACGCUAAUCUUUCCUGGAUGCCUGUAUGCCUCCUCUGGGUUAAAUACUCUUCAGCAUUCUCAUUCUCUUACUAGCAGUCUCUCUCCACUUUUCUCCAGGCUUUCCUCUCCUGAGUAGACAUCACCACACAGAGCUCCACUGAAGCCAGAGCCCAGCGUGCAGACACCAUCCAUCUCCACAGUGAAUG